AUGCCAUACACAUACACCCACAUCGUGGUCGACAUCCACGACCAGAUCGGCGUCAUCAAGCUAAACAGACCCAAAUCACUGAACGCAUGGAACGAGACAAUGCUGGCCGAUAUGGUCACUGCCUUUCGCGAGCUAGAUGAGCAUCCGCAUACCAUAUUCACCGUUCUUACCGGUGAAGGGCGAUUUUUUUCUGCUGGCGCUGAUAUCAGACAAGGACUGGCAACACCACCAGCAGACUCAACCCCAGCCCAGAAGAAACUCUUCUACAUGAAGAACUUCUCCACCCACACCGAACUCUUCCGCCUCCUAAUCGACCUCCGCAAAGUCUUCAUCCUGGCCCUAAACGGCCCCGGCGUCGGCGGGGGCGCCGCCUGGUUCACCGGCCUCGCCGACAUCGUCCUCGCCUCCUCAGGAAACUACCUGCAAGUGCCCUUCAACUCGCUGGGCCUUGUGCCCGAGUACGGCGCGGCGCGCACCUUUGCGGAGAGCAUGGGUGUGCGCCGGGCGAACGAGUUCCUCAUGUUCGGGCGCAAGUGUACCGUGGAGGAAUUGGAGGGGUGGGGGGUUGUCAAUAGGGUUUUCCCGCUGGAGGGGUUUGGGGGGUCUGUUUUGGAGUAUUUAAAGGGGCAAUUGGAGGUGAAUGAUGGGGGGAGUAUGCUUGAGACGAAGAGGUUGGUGAAUGGGCCGUUGAGGGCGGAGAGGGUGGUGGCGUUGUUUGAUGCAGUGAGUGCGCUUGCGGAGAGGUUUGUGGAGGGGGUGCCGAUGGAGAGGUUUCAGAGGAGGACGGGGGAGCUGGCGAAGGCGAGUGAGGCGAGAAGGAAGAAGUCGAGUCUCUGA